UGCAGCUCCAGCAUGAGCACCACUGUCAGGCAAUUCUCCUCCUCCACCUCCCUCAAGGGCUUCGGCGGCCUGGGGGGGGGCUCCAGCAGGCUCUCCUCCGUGCGUGUUGGGGGAGGAGGCUACAGGGCCCCCAGCGUGCACGGGGGCUCUGGCAGCUACUCCGUCUCCUCCCGCAUGGUCUCGGGCUUCGGCAGCGGCUUUGGGGGCAGCUACUGCAGCAGCGCAGGAGGGACCCUCGGCGGGGGCUUUGGGGGCAGCUAUGGGGCCGGCUUUGGGGCCGGCUUUGGAGGAGGCUUUGGAGGAGGCUUUGGAGGCGGAGGGACCCUCGGCGGGGGCUUUGGGGGCAGCUAUGGGGCCGGCUUUGGGGCCGGCUUUGGAGGAGGCUUUGGAGGAGGCUUUGGAGGCGGUGAUGGCAUCCUGCCGGCCGGGGAGAAGGAGACCAUGCAGAACCUCAACGACCGCCUGGCCACCUACCUGGACAAGGUGCGAGCCCUGGAGGAGGCCAACACCGACCUGGAGGUGAAGAUCAGGGAGUGGUACAAGAAGCAGGGACCUGGUCCUGACCGUGACUACAGCCCCUACUACAGGACUAUCGAGGAGCUCAGGAACAAGAUUCUUUCUGCAACUGUUGAAAAUGCCAACAUCGUCCUGCAGAUCGACAAUGCCAGGCUGGCAGCAGAUGACUUCCGAACCAAGUUUGAGUCGGAGCAGGCUCUGCGUAUGAGCGUGGAGGCCGACAUCAACGGCCUGCGCCGGGUCCUGGAUGAGCUGACUCUGUCCAGAUCCGACCUGGAGCUGCAGAUUGAGAACCUGAAGGAGGAGCUGGCUUAUCUGAAGAAGAACCACGAGGAGGAAAUGACUGCCCUGCGCGGGCAGGUGGGUGGGGAGAUCAGCGUGGAGAUGGACGCUGCUCCUGGCAUCGACCUCACCAAGAUCCUGGCGGAGAUGCGGGAGCAGUACGAGAGCCUGGCGGAGAAGAACCGCAGGGACGCUGAGCAGUGGUUCUUCAGCAAGACGGAAGAGCUGAACCGGGAGGUGGCCAUCAACACGGAGCAGCUGCAGAGCGGCAAGACGGAGAUCACGGAGCUGCGGCGCACGAUCCAGAGCCUGGAGAUCGACCUGCAGUCGCAGCUCAGCACGAAAGCGGCCCUGGAGGGCACCCUGGCCGACACCGAGGCGCGCUACGGCACCCAGCUGGCCCAGCUGCAGAUGCUGAUCACCGGCGUGGAGGAGCAGCUGGGGGAGCUGCGCUGUGACAUGGAGCGCCAGAACCACGAGUACAGGGUCCUGCUGGACGUCAAGUGCCGCCUGGAGCAGGAGAUCGCCACGUACCGCCGGCUCCUGGAGGGAGAGGAUGCCCACAUCUCCUCCCAGUACUCCUCCGCCAUGUCCUCACACUCUGGCAGAGAUGUCACGACAUCAUCCCGUCAGGUGCGCACGAUCGUUGAGGAGGUGCAGGAUGGGAAGGUGGUCUCCUCCCGGGAGCAGGUCGCACUCACCACUCGCUAGCACAGCCCCUGGCUCAGGAGAGCAGGGAACUGAGCCAAGAAGUGCCUGAGGCCACGUGUCGGGUUGUGUCCCCUCACUUGCUCUUCCUGCCCUGUGUUGCCCUCAUUCCGUGUAGGUGUCUCUGGACACAAUAAAGCUUUUUCUCCUUGCUUGUGCAACUGCAGACUUGUCUGUCACUGUCAUGCGAUCCCUCAAAGCCUCUGGGUUCUGUGUUCAUGCCAGGGAAAGCUCUAAGAAACCACAAGAAGUCAGUGA